AGCAUAUAUAAAUAAUUUUAACAUUAAAUGGUUUUUGUUUUUGUUAUCACAAUACAUUUUUGUUAUUAGUUAUUAUACUUGUUAAAUUGCUAGAGUUUUAAUAGCAACUGGUGCUUUAAAAAUACCUAAAAACUAUGAAUAUAGAGUGUAAGGAUGUUAUAUUAAAACAUUUUGUUAAGUUGAUGGCGAAUUGUAAUGUUCACAUUCUAAAAAAUCAUUUAAUCAACAAAGGAAUUUUUAAAGAAAAAGAAUGGGGAGAUAUUUUUGAGGCAGAUGAUGCAAGGCAUACCAAAAGAAUGUUUUUCUUCAAUCUUUUAAAAAAAAAUAAUGCAUGGGUUCCUUUCUUAGAUGCAUUGAAAGAAACUAACCAAGCGAAUAUAGUUCAAUUACUUUGCAGAAAAGGACCUACUGUGUUUAUUCCCAUGCUUAAUCCGCCCGAUAGUGAACCACCAGAACCAGAACCAGUUUUUAGCAAUCUUGGAAUUUCAGUAAACAAUACAACAAGCCCAUUAAAAGUUCGAGUUAUCCAUUCUACGAAGCUGUUUGAUACUGAAGAAAAAAAUAGGAAAAUAAGCUUUUAUAGUUCACGGUCUAAGAAGAGAGGCAGAGUACUUAUUAUUAAUAACUAUGCAUUUAAGAAUAAAAAAGAACACCCUUACAGAAAUGGAGCGUUAGUUGACGAUAAGAAUUUAAAAGCUUUGUUUCAACAAAUGGGCGGAUGGGAUUUAUACUGCCAUUAUAAUAAGACUGCUUUGGAAAUGCGUGAGUUAAUAAAAAAAUUUGCCGGAGAGGGAAAGCCUGACUAUGAUAUUUGCUCUGUGAUCAUCAUGAGCCAUGGUGGUGAGAUGAACAAUGAUACAUUUAUUUUUGGAGUAGAUGAGGAAAAAAAAUAUGAAUUAUCAGUAACCAGUAUAACACAAUUCUUUACAAAUGAAAAUAGUAAAAGUUGGAGAGGAAAACCAAAAGUUAUGCUUUUUCCCACAUGCAGGGGUGCAGAUUGCCAGUUACCAAUAAAUCAUGAAUAUAGAACCGAGACUGACUCUUUGUUUAAAAAUGUACCUGUAAACACUCCGACUGUAAUGAAUCUGAGAGCUGAAGAAGAUAUGUUAGUUGGAUUUUCAACUGCAAUGGGUUACAAGGCUCAUAGAGAUCCUAAUUUGGGCUCUUGGUACAUUGAACUACUUUGCCAAGAGUUCAUGAAUCAUGCCCAUGAGUAUUCUGUAACGGAGAUGCUUCAACUUGUAGAUCAAGGAUUGAGACGAAGACUUUCUGAACUUCAUACCAUGCAAACUGCAGAGUUUAGAAAUUUGGGUUUUAAAAAUUUAUAUUUGAAUCCCGGACUAUAUAUGGAAAACGGCGUUGUAAAACAUUUUCAUGGUGAAUUAUAAAGGAAAACUUCCCAGUUUUGGG